CUGUGCUAAAUUUGUAGCUAAUAAUGAUUAAAUGGAGUAGUAAACACUGAGACGUGGUUCACACUCGGGUGUAUUGGCUGUGAUCAACUGAUUACUCUUAGUUCAUUGCAAUAACUUAAAUCGAAAGCUAGGCGCCGCGCGGUUGACGGCGAACUACGAAAAUAAGUGCGCUAACUUUCUAUAGUGGAAAUAUAAAUAAAUAUGUACCAUUAAAAAUGUCAGAAGAAAAUACCAUACGACAUCGCUUACGAGAAUCGAAGCCAAAUGGAAUUAUCAAACAUGAAAAUGAAAAGAUACAGGACCCAGAAUUCAAACACAGAGAAUCUCCCCUAACGUUCCUUAUAAAUACUUCUCUCCACAUUAGAGCAAUAUAUCACAUUUUCGUUGUGAUACUUUUAGUGUUGUUAUUCGACACAGUCAUCUACGAUCUCGUAGAACGUGGCAAGAUAAAUGUAGGGAUAAGUACAGUGAAGUAUGGCUUUGGUGACAUCGGUCGCGGCGCUAAACUAUGGUUCUUCGAGUUUUCCAUUACCCUCCUCUUUUACCCAGGACUUCUCCUCUAUACGGCGGGAGCAAGAGCACUAAAAAAUCAUCUUGGUAUUCGCCAACUAAUAUGGCAGACGGCAGGCAUCGCGGGGCUAUUGGCGCUCCAGGGUGCUCUCGUAACUGUCCCUGUGUUGGACCUUCACAGGAAACACCUGGCUCUUGCCUCCGGGGUCAUCGUCACCUGCGAGAUGUUCCGUUUCGCAAUGAAAAUCCACGCGAUAGCGGUCGCCUGUGCGCCUCGCUGGCGCGACGGCAGCGCGCCUCUUCCGACGUUCAGGCAUUAUCUCUAUUACCUGUUUGCACCGACGCUUAUUUACCGGGAUCAAUACCUAAGAACGAAGAAGAUCCGGUGGGGAUCGGUGAUAUUCAACUUCUUGGAAGUGGCGGCAAUCAUAUUUUUCAACAGCUUCCUGUGGGAGCGGUUUAUUUUGCCCUAUUGGUCCGAGUACGGGAAAGAAAGCAAGGUGGAGGCGGGUACGGUAGUCCGGGGUAUGUUCGCGUGUGUGCUGCCCGGGCUGAUAUCAUUCCUGUGUGGAUUCUAUUGCCUUCUGCAUGCCUGGCUGAACGCCUUUGCCGAGAUGCUAAAAUUUGCAGACAGGCUAUUUUAUGAAGAGUGGUGGACGACGUCUCAAUUCGGCACGUACUACCGCGCUUGGAACCGCGUGGUCCACUCAUGGUUGCGGGACCACUUGUACAAGCCGCUGAUCCCGUACACUGGUCGCGCUGGCGCUGUCUUUGCCGUGUUCUUCAUAUCGGCUUGCGCGCACGAGGUGAUCCUAGCGCUCUCGUUCGGGUUCUUCUACCCAGUGCUGCUGAUGGAGUUCGGUGUGUUUGGCGUCCUGAUGGUGCCCAUCACGGCCGCGAGCGGCCGCCGGUUCCCUAGCGCCAUGAACGUGUGCAUGUGGCUGUCCUUUUUCUUCGGGAAUGGUCUUCUGUGGAGCCUAUAUCCGAUGGAAUACUUCGCCCGGAAAAACUGCCCGCCUUCGGAAAACGACAGCUUCUUCAUACCAAAGUCGUGGACGUGCCCUGAAAUUGUUCUCAAACCCAACUGGACUUUUCAAAACCCGUUUUAAACCAUCCAAAGUAUAUUUAAACAAAUUCUACGCCGAAUUUGUCUAAGGUGUGGAAAUACUAUCAAAGACGUCAUAAUUUCAUAGUACCUAUUUGGAUGUCCACUUUGUCGUUGCAAAAUGUAUGCUGAGUUAGCAUGGUCUGACUCUAUAGAAUUUACUAGAAAAUCUUAGACUAGUAACGAAAUAGUAAAUUAUUAUCUAUAUUGUUGAUUAUUUUGUAAAUUAUCGAUUAAGAUGAGAUUUUUAAAGUAAAGUAGGUACAUAUUGUCUUUAGUUAGGCGUAGUUAUAUAGUUACCUAACAAUGUUUGUUAUUUACUGUUAAGGUUUUGCUAUUUAUGUAAUUAUUAUGAAUGUAAGAUUCAUAUUAAAAAAUAUUAAACCUCGAUUACAUGUUUUGUUUGGCCAUUUUGACGAUCACCAUCUAAUUAAGUUGACUGUACUAAGAAGACUGUACCCAUAUGACGUGGUUAGUUGCGUGCUACUUUGAUUCGGACGGCUGAUUUUCCGGGCUUUUACUAAUUAGUAAGUUGCAAUUAGGCGUCAGCACUCAACAUGGGCGUCGCUAGCCGGGAAGGGGGAGCGUGCCCCCCUAAGUCCCCUUGUACAAUUUUUUGAACAUUUAGGUAUAUUUUGAACUUUUACCUAUAUGUAAUACCUACAUUAAUUUUAUUGAGUUACAAAUUCAAUGACUAAACAAAAGUUGUCGGAGGGUAAAACCUGAGAAACCAUAUAAACUGCCUGUAGUUUAAAUACGGGAGAGGAACAGCUGCCAUCUGAUUAAUUGGAGCGGCCUGCGACUAUACAUGGGAUUGUUCAGAAAAUGAGGAGUGUCUUUUCAAAAGGGCUUAUUUCCAUUUUUUCUUUUUUUUUUUUAACUAUGAAUGCAGUUGUUCUUAGUA